AUGCUAGAGCUAAGGCUAGAGCUAAGGCUAGAGCUAAGGCUAGAGCUAAGGCUAACAGGCCUUAUCUGGUUUAUCUUUUGCAGCAUUGGUGUGCGUUGUCUGGGUAGCGUCAGUUUCUACUCAGGUCACCCCUCAACGAUUCAACCUUCUUUGCACACCCACACCCCACACGCUCUUGUCCCGAGUCACACGCCCACAUACCUUAACACAAAUACAAACACAAACGCAAACACCCCUAAAAUUCUGUCUUUUCUGACUCGGGCCUCGAGGGCCUUUGAACUCUUUUCUACCCACCCCAAUCAAUCUUCUCCACACACAGCUCUUUGCACUCCACUCAGUCAUAGCAACAAGCCGUGCGCACAGCCCAGCAGGGACGAAGUUGCUCGUAGCAACCGGCACAAAGGACCCGCUGAAACCCGCAGCAAUGGGCCCAGAACACUCAUGCACAACCCUCGAUUAAGCUGUCUGGCGCCAUGGCAACCUGCUGCGCCCUCCACUAGCAACAGUGAGGCUUGGCGUGCGCAGUCAACUGGGCAUUGUAUCGGGACUUUCCGCUUCGGGCUGCAUAAAAAUGGUCCUGUUCACCGGGCAACCAUUUUGCCACAUUCCCUCAUCGACACAGAGAAUGUCGUAUGCUGCUGUCAUGCAUGA